AUGUUACUAGGUGAAUCUGUUUUUAGCAGUAUUUCUGCUGCCUCUUCCAACGACCUCUUGGUGUCGUCUGUUGCCACUGCCACUGCUGCUGCCAAUAAUAAGGCUUUAGUUGACGAUCCUUUAGAGGAUUUGUUCCGCUCAGCAUUCGGAGAGUCAUCAAACCAGAAUGAACAGCAUCUUGAGGUUGAACCUCGUGCUAGUUCUGUUCCUUCUGCUUCCAUUGCAGGUACUUUGUCUCCAUUAGAAGUACACGCAUCGGUCAUGGAUUCUAUCUUUGAUCCUUCCACUGCAUUGUCCUCAAACUCUCCAAUGCUUGAGCUCACCUCUGAAAUGCCUACCUGGGAACCUUUAUUCCAACAAUCUUCAGACCAGAAUGACCAGCAAAUUGGUGCUGAUACUGAUGCAGAGCUACUUGCCCUAUUAGGUGAGCCAGCUUCUGUUUCAACUUCAGCCUCCCCUGCAUCUGUCAAGUCCGAACCGGUUGAUUAUGUUGGAACUGAGACCAGAUCUAAGUCUGUUCCAGGUAAGAGAUCACACUCAGACCCUUCAGUUUCUUCACCUUCUCACCCUGAUUCUAGCGCUAAGAAGACCAAGCUGGACAAGUUUGGAUGUGUUGCUUACACCAGAAAGCAGAGAAAUAUUCCUCUUUCCCCAGUUGUUCCUCAAGGCCAUGACCUAACCUCUCUGAAGAGAGCUAAGAACACUGAGGCUGCAAGGAGAUCUCGUGCUAGAAAGAUGAAGAGAAUGGUUCAGUUAGAGGAUAAGUGUGAGAAUCUUGUUAAAGAGAACGAGAAUUUGAGAGCAGAGGUUGAAAACUUAAAGCAACAACUUCUACAGCAGCAACAGCCGUCGUUUACUUUGAAUCCUUAG